AUGCCGCGGGACGAUUUGCUGAUCUCACUGAAUGAGCGCGAGUUCAUCGUCAAGGCGCUGCAGGAGGAGGAACUCCGCGUCGAUGGGCGCGGUCCUUUCGACACGCGGCCGGUCUCCUACCGGUUCGGCCCGAAGGAUGGGAUGUGCGAGGUGCAGCUCGGGGACACGCGGGUGCUCGCGGUCGUGAGUGCUAAGCUCGAGCCACCCUCCGGUGCUCGUGGCAACGAGGGUACCAUCACCAUUAACGUUGAGUUCUCACCUAUGGCUUCACCGAACUUCGAGCCCGGGCGGCCAGGGGAGCAGGCGCAGGAGCUCGCUCUCGUGCUCGAGCGAGCGAUUCGCGAGACGGGAGCCGUGGACGUCGAGUCGCUGUGCGUCCUGGCCGGACGCAGGGUAUGGCACGUCCGGUGCGAUGUCCACGUGUUGGAUGCGUGCGGAAAUAUCGCGGGCGCGGCGUCGCUCGCCGCCGACGCCGCACUGCUGUCGUUCCGAAGGCCCGAGGCGACGGUCAGCCCCGAUACCCAGCUCAUCACAGUCCACCCCGCAGAUGUUCGGGAACCCGUGCCUCUCGCACUCCAUCACCUCCCCGUCGCGAUCACCUUCGGAUACUUCGCCGAGCAGGACGGACUGGUCAUCGCCGACCCGACGGUGAACGAGGAGAUGGUCAUCGGGAGCGAGCUCGUGGUGGUCCUCAACGCGCACGACGAGCUCUGCGCGGUGCGUUACGGCGGUGAGGUCGCGGUCAAACCUUCGGAGAUUAGCCGAUGCGUCAGGAUCGCGUCGAGGAUAUCGAAGGAUCUGACCAAGGACCUCAAGAAGGCUCAUGCGGCGUGGGAGGUGGAGCGCGACAAAAGACGCGUGCGACGCCACUAC